GUAACUGAUAUGAAAUUUCCUAAUGAGAAAAAUGAAAUUCUCAUCUCAUCUCUAUAUGACUUGAAAUACAUUAAAAUUUAUCGAAUAUCAAGGUAUCUUUUUCUUUUCUUUUCUUUAAGAUAUUACAUAUCUUUUAUCUUUAUGUGAACACGGUAAUCUACAUGUACGUGGUGCAUGUGCAAAUUUACUUGUUACAUUAAUUCCAACAACAAAUCAUCUUUUAACACUAUCAUCAUUAUCAAAUUCUUUUAUUAAUCAAUGUUCACUUGUAUCAACUGAUUCACAAGACAGUUCAAGGCAUGCAUUUACAAUCAUAGGAAUUGAAUUAUUAGAAAAUUCUAUUCAACAUACUACAAGUUCCUGUAUUCUUGCUAAAUUUGCUCUAGCUCAACUUAUAGAUGAUAUUGAUUUUCGAAUAUUAACUUAUCUUGAACAACAAUUAAAACAACAGUACCCUGAUAUACGUGUUUGUCAAGCAAUUGCUUCGACUUUUGUUAAACCAACAACAAUUCGACCAUUUUUUCAUAAUCAAAAUGAUGAACUUCGUUUAUUUAUAAUUUUUUUAACAUCCCUUUAUAUGACAUGA